AUGGCUUCCAGCUUGAAGAAUUCUUUUGCUCUUCUUGACACCGUCGGCGAUGAUGUUUCCGACUUCACCGCCCCCCUCGCCGCAAACUCUUUGAAAUCUGCCACCGCCACCAAGUCCUCUUCAAUGUCUAAACCCCAACAACGGAGACAAAGAGGGAAAGGGCCACAGGGGUUUCGGCCAGUGGUCAGCAACCAAAAAAUCGGCAAGGGGGAAAUUCUCAGGGUGCAAGAAUUAACGGGUAUCAACAACCGGGAGAAAGCAAUAAUGGACAAGGUCGCUACAAUGGCCGAAUUGAUGGAGAGACUCUUCUGGCAAGAAAUUUGGUGGAAGGAGAUUCUAGGAAGAGGAUUAGUCAAGAGAAUCUUGAUGGGCAUAGAUUCAAUUAUGGAAGAGAUGCCAACAGAGAUACCUGAAAAGAAAAAGGCAUUGGAAGCUCUGAAGAAGAAGACAGAGGAAAGGAAAGUGGCAAUGGACGAGUUUGAGGGGAUGCAGAUUGUUGGGAGGAAAAAGAAAGAAGGUAGCGCUUCUUUUGGCCUUGAAAAGUCAACUUCUUCUAAGAAAGGAGAAGAAGAAAAGGUCCAGAAAAGAGAAGAUGGCCUCCAGAAGCUGAGGAAGGUUUCUUCUUCAACAGGCAUUCGAGUAGAAUUCCAUAAGAAGAUGUAUCAUCCUACCCGUGUGCCAGCUGAUGAUCAGAAUAAAAGUAAUCAAAGGACAUUCGAAUUCGAUCCCCCCUGA